GCGAUGACUUCUGCGCUGACCCAGGGGCUGGAGCGGAUCCCAGACCUGCUGGGCCACUUGGUGCUGAGUGAAGGCGCGGUGCUGGCGUCGUCUGGGGACCUAGAGAACGAUGAGCAAGCAGCCAGCGCCAUCUCUGAACUGGUCAGCACUGCGUGUGGUUUCCGACUGCACCACGGCAUGAACAGGCCCUUUAAACGCCUGUCUGUGGUCUUUGGAGAACACACUCUGCAGGUGACCGUGUCGGGACAGAGGGUGUUUGUGGUGAAGAGGCAGAACCCAGGCCGGGAGCCCAUUGACGUCUGAGCCUGCCGUGGAGGUCUUUGCGAGACGUGCAGUUGGUCCGUGAGCCGUGAGGGAGGAGGA